AUGACUUUCGAGCAAGCAUUACCACCUCCACAAGUUCUAAACUUCCGCUUCUGGAUCCACAGGAAACGUGGUGGAUUCACCCACAUAACUAUCUUCGGAUCUGCGCUUGCAAAAUUCCCCGGCGUUUCAUCCCUCUUAGAGAUCUGCAAAGCCUCGAAUGAAACUAUGCAUCGUCGUGCUGGGCUUGAGAGGAUCGAAUUAUUCGGUCCUCCAGCCCGUCACUUUCUUGACACGACAGAGACUCUUCCUGAUACCCUUAACUACAUGUAUCUUCGACCUUCGGUUGAUAUUUUCAUGGUCGGCAUUGAUAGCCUAGUCAGAUUAUAUCAACUUGGCAGUUCGAUAGACUCUUUGUUCAAUAUUGAACAAAUCGCUGUAACAGGAAUAGAUUAUAGUCAUUUCGAUGAUUGCGACGACGAGGAAAUAACAGCUCUAUUCGAGAAGUUCUGCAACGUCAUUCAAAAACACUGCCCAGCACUCAAGAAACUUCAUCUAGUCAUUGGCGACACAGAAGCAAUCCCAUUUGGCAACGUGAAAAACAAUCUUGAGUUGACUCAAGAUUUGAGACUGAUUGAAAUAGACGAAGACUUUCAAGAUUUCGGUUUCGAGGAGGACAAAGUGAGGCAAGAAUAUUAUGAACUGGAAGGCUUGAAGGAAGAAAUGAAUAAUACUUCCGAGUAA